AGAUCCUCUCAGAUAACAGAAAGAAACUCUCCAGCAGAAUGUAGCGGCUUUAUCGACUUUUCCAAAGAUGCAUUUGAGACAGAAUUGCCUUUCCACGAGUUUCCCUGCAAGACAAAAACACCCUGCAGUGCAGCAUGAGGACCUGAAGGCUGUCUGACUCAAUAACGGAUGGAGUCGUCGUCUUCUGCCACACGCAGGAUGCAGAGUGAUCUCACUGCUGCGUCACGGUGGAGCUGGUGGAGGAGGGGCGGUGCAGCGGCGGGGACGCAGACCUUCUCCCACAGAGGACAGAGGAACAUCAGCCAUGAAGCAGCUUCCCAUCAACAUCCUCCUGACGCUGGCCACCUGCAGACUCACCAGCUCAGAAACUGUGGGUCCAACACCGACACCAUUGGCUCCGGUCAGCACUCUUCCAACGAACACCAAGAGCGUCCACCUCACAGGCGACAAUAAAAUUGAGAAUGUUGAGCUGCUGAAUCCUGUCAAUCUGUCGCUGGAGUGCAUCUGGACUGGUAACCAGAACAAACAGCCCAACAUCACUGGUUACUGGAGAAAAGGAGGAGUGGACAUUCAGGACAGCCGAGUCCCAGUGGACCCAGAGAACCAGCAGUACAAACUCAAACGAGUGUUCAACAUUGUGAGUGAGGAACACCUUGGAAAUUACACCUGUGUGUUUGAAAAUGAAGCAGAGCUAAAUUUUAUUCUGGCAGUGCCGCGGAUCGGUGAGAAAAGAGAGAAGCCCAUCGUCUCCUAUGUGGGCGACUUUGUGGUUCUGACCUGCAAGAUGGAGGAUAAUAAACCAGUACCAAGAACCUGGAACUGGUUUAAGAACAAUGGCACCGAUAAGGAGCAGCUAUUCGAAGCUCAACGCUACGACAUCACCGUCGAUGGGCGCAACACGAAGCUGAUGGUGAAGGAUGUGAGCAUAUCCGACUCCGGCGUGUAUCACUGCGCCGCCGUGUACAACAUCAGCACCAGCACCAGCAAAAUGCAGCUGAAGGUGAUUACCAUCUGGGAGCCACUGAAGCCUUUCUUAGGCAUCCUGAUUGAAGUUGUCAUCUUGGUUACUGCGAUUCUCAUCUAUGAGAGGAAUCAUUCCAAGAAAAAGAAAGCAGAAGCUAAUGGUCCGAAUGCAGACUCAAAGAACACACAGCCACAGGGUGAAGAUGAGGAAGCUGAGGAAAGUACCUCAAUAAGACAGCGCAAAACCUAAAAGACGUCUGCAGCAGCAAAUUCAAGCAUCUAUUAAAUUGCUAUUUUAUUUUUGAAUGUGGAGAGCUUAUAUAGCAAUACAUAAACAGCUGUUUUUUCUUUGUUUUGUUUUUAAAUGUCUUAGUCCUUAACACCAGCUAAGUGCAAUGACCAUCAUCUAAUUAACUAAUACACACAAAAUCUUUCUGUUUUUGACUUUCACUAACCAACGGUUUCCUGUUGUCACCAACGGCUGAAGGAGCAAAGCAUUUAAGCGUUUCUCUCCCUCCGGCUCUGUGUUUCAAACUGAGGUUGCCUUUACGUGUUUCCGGUGUAGCUUCUGUCACAAACGGAAGCCGGUGUUCAUGUUUGAGUUUGAAAACCCCCCGCCUUACGUUUGCAGCUGUGAUGUAAUGAGUUGUGGUUUGUGAGCAGUGCCUUAACUCUCUCAAAAAGCAACCGACUAGCUGCGUUUCCAUGGAAAAUGUACGCUAAUAUUUGUCGAUAUUCUGCUAAUGUCGAAGAAAAAUUUUAAAUUGAAAUUAAAAUCACACGUGAAUAGGCUUGUUCACGCGAUAAGAUAAAUCAUUUAAAAAUAAUCAUCUAUUAGAGGAAACAUUCAGGCGUUGGAGUGAUUACAUAUGUGGCGUUUUUGGGAAAUUGCACAUUUAGAUUUUUCAGAAGAGCUAUGGAUUCAACAAUUUCAAAUGACACACCACUUUUUAUGAACUGUGAUAAUGUGAGAGCCUAGGUGGAGUCAACUGCACAUUGUCCGAAAAAAACACACAAAAAAACAUCCUAAUACUACUUCCUGUCGUCUUUAAGGUUUUCGCGGCUGUUGAUCACGCAACCGGUGUGAUGCGAAGAAAGUGUUUCAGUUUAGCGCAAUAUACCCAUUUCAAUAUGGCGGAAAAUCUACAUCAUCCUAACUUAAAACGUUUCCAUGUUUCUUUAAGCAAAUUUAUUUGUAUAACAUUAGUUUGCACUAUUCUAUGGCUAAUAGAACCUAUACUGUCAAAAAGCAAAGAACUAGCUGCCAUUCUAUGACUAUUGUGGGCAAAACAUUGUUGAUAUUUUGGUAAUGCCGAAAACUCAAUUUUGUUUCCAUUAAAUAAGAAACGCAGUUAAAAUGACAGGUGAAUAAAUUUGUUCCUGCGAUAUACCAUUU